CCUGUUUUCUAAGGGAGUCACUUAACUCUGCUCAAUUCUGCUGCUCGGGACUUCACAAUGCGUCUGUUUUUCUGCCGGUAAUAGUGACCGGUCGGUCUCUCCGCGGGGCUCUCGGGACGGACAGCGAGCCGCGUAUAUCGACCGCGGGACACCAGCACGGAUAUUCGGCUUCAGAUGGAGGUCGGAGGGUUGAGUUCGGUCGUGUCUGCGGCUCUGAUGGAUUUUACGUAGAUCUGUGUUUUGUUUUAAUGCAUUUUACUGCCACCCCGGCGGUUUUAUUUUCAUUUCAUGCCUUCGGUUUUGGAGUGUCCAGUCCUCGACCGCCCCUUUAACUCUCCGGUAACAAUGUAUAACAAACUCGCUCGCUCGCUCAUCUCUCUUCCGCCGAUCUACGCUCGUUGAAGUGUAAAGUUUGACGCCGUCUGUCGUGUGUUUAUCCACCGAACUCAACCGAUGGCCGAGCUGCAGCGACCGACGCUGUGCUGCUGCCGGAAAGUGCUGACCGUGCCCGGUAAGUCCUGUGAGGGCGGCCGGAGUCUGGCGCACUGUCGCCUGGUGGACAUCGCGUCGGCGUCCAACUUCCACUGCUUUAAACUCCGACAUUUCCAUCUGGACCUCCACCUGAACUUCGCCGUUAAGAGGAUAACCGGAUGGCAGGUCCUGGAGCUCACGCCUGUUCAGCCCGGCGUCCAAUCCCUCAUUCUGGACACGCAUCCGUCGUUGUUGAUUCAUUCCGUGGACUGUAAGGUGCCCGGCGCAUCCGGUGCUCCUGACGUGUUCUUGUCGCUCACCUACCGAGUAGAACCGUUCACCGAUUACGGAUCAUCUCUGAACAUCAGCCUCCCGGCCGCUGUGAUCCGGCCGCACCGGGCUUUCCGUGUCACCGUCCGCUACACCACCACCGACGGCCCAGCGAUCUGGUGGCUGGAUGCAGAGUUGACAUGUGGACAGACCCGUCCACUGGUCUUCACGCAGGGUCACUCGGUCUGUAAUCGCUCGUUUUUCCCCUGUUUUGAUACACCAGCCGUCAAAAGCACUUACUCCGCCACAGUCAGGGUACCAGAGGGUGUCACGGUGUUGAUGAGUGCCUCCAGAAGUGCAUACUCUAAACAGGACAGGGUUUUCCAGUUCUCCAUGGAGUACCCUGUUCCAGCUUAUUUAGUAGCCCUGGUGGCAGGAGACCUACAGCAUGCAGACAUUGGGCCUAGGAGUCGUGUGUGGGCAGAGCCGUGCAUCCUGACGUGUGCCGUCAGUAAACUGGGUGGCAGUGUGGAGCGCUGGCUUAAUGUGGCAGAGGGGCUAUUUGGACCUUAUGUAUGGGGAAGGUACGACUUGGUGUUCCUUCCUCCUUCUUUCCCCAUCGUAGCCAUGGAAAACCCCUGCCUCACCUUCAUCAUUUCCUCCAUUCUGGAGAGUCAGGAAUUUCUGCUCAUUGAUGUCAUCCAUGAGAUUGCACACGGCUGGUUUGGCAAUGCGGUCACCAAUGCUACCUGGGAGGAGAUGUGGCUCAGCGAGGGUCUGGCCACUUACGCUCAGAGGCGCAUUACUACAGAGGCCUAUGGAGAAGCCUUCACUUGUCUCGAGACGGUGUUUCGUCUAGAUGCUCUUCACAGACAGAUGCGUCUUCUCGGAGACAACAAUCCUGUCAGUAAGCUGCAGGCCAAAUUUGAACCAGGUGUAAACCCCAGCAGUCUAAUGAAUCUCUUCACCUAUGAGAAAGGCUUCUGCUUCGUUUCUUACCUCUCGCAGCUGUGUGGUGACAUCAAGAGAUUUGACAGCUUUCUUAGGGCCUACAUAGAGAAGUUCAGAUUCAGCAGCGUAAUCGCUCAGGAUCUGCUGGACUUCUUUCUUGGCUUUUUCCCGGAGCUGAAGGAGGGCUGCGUUGCUCAACGAGAGGGACUGGAAUUCGAGCGAUGGCUGAAUGGCUGCGGUCCUCCGUUAUGUGAACCAGAUCUCUCGGCUGGUAGAACUUUAACGGGCCCAGUUCAGCACCUGUGUGACCUCUGGGGCACCGAUGCCCCUGACACCCAAGCGAUCUCUACAUUUGACCUCUCCUCCUGGAGCACUUUUCAGACCGUCCUCUUCUUGGACCGACUCCUAGACCGUUCGCCUCUCUCUCAAGAGGUGAUGAGUCUUUUGUCAAGCUGCUACGCUGCGUUGUUGGACGACAUGAAUGCUGAAGUCCAGAUUCGAUGGCUGCAGAUUGUGGUGCGGAACAGCUUUUACCCUGAUCUGCCUCGAGUUCGCGGCUUCUUGCAUAAACAUACCUCACGGAUGUACACGGUGCCUCUUUACGAGGAUCUGUGCGGAGGAGUGAUGAAGUGCUUUGCGGUUGAGGUGUUUUAUCAAACUCAGGCCCGUUUGCACCCUAAUCUACGCAGGACACUUCAGCAGAUACUGUUCCAAAGCAGUGCCCUCAACACCAGCACGGCUCCGUCUCUAAUGGCGUCCGCGCCCUCUGCCCCUUCCUCACCCACAGACCCUCCACCCAACGGGACCAUUGCACUGCGAGACGUCAAUGUGUCCGCAUGAGAUCGAAACUUCUGGGUUUGGGUUGAAAAGGCCAGAAACAACACUUGAACUUCUUGGACCAUAGCAAUGCAUUGUGGGAGGCACUCGCUGAUGGGUGCACACACACUCUCACCAACACUGGGAUGUCUAUUUAAAAAAAGCAGAUAUUUUCAUAAGCUAAACGUAAAGCUGCUCAGGGCUGUGGAACAAAGUGGAGAAUUGAUGUUUGCAAUGGUUAUUGUGCCAUGAUCUGUGUGUGUACUGGUUUUGGUCGUUUAUGAGGAUGCUGAUUUGUAUUAUACCAUGGGUAAGAUCUAGGUAUUAUAAUGUUGAGGUGGUUUAUGAGGACAUAUCAUGUGUCCUUGUAAUUCAGAACGCUUAAAAUAAUACUUUUCUUCAAAAAUUUGUCAGGUGAGGGUUGGAUUUAUGGGUCAGAUAAGGCUAUAAUAAGCCGUUUUUAUGGUAUAAAAUGCAUUAUGCCUAUAGGGAGUCCUCAUACACCACCAAAACCUGUGCUUGUGCAGGGUAGGACCUAUGUAUUACAGUGUUGAUGUGGUUUAUGAGGACAUGUUCUGUGUCCUCAUAAUUCAAAACGCUUAAAAAUAAUACUUAAUGAUUUUUUUACAUUCAAAAUUAGCCACAGGUCCUCUGUGAGGGUUGGGUUUAGGGGUAAGCUAAGGCUAUAAUAAGCAGUUUUACCGUAUAAAAUGCAUUAUGCCUACAGAGAGUCCUCAUAUUCCACCAAAACCUGUGUGAGUGUGUGUACAGGGGUAUGUCAGUAUCAAAGAUGCUGCUUGCCAUCUGUUAGCCAUGACAUGUUGGGUGUGUGUGUGUUUUGGUUGUUUAUGAGGAUGCUAAUUUGUAUAAUAACAUGGGUAAGAUCUAGGUAGUAUAAUGUUGAGGUGGUUUAUGAGGACAAAAUAUGUGUCCUUGUAAUUCAGAACGCUUAAAAAUAGUACUUUUCUUCAAAAUUUGUCAGGUGAGGGUUGGGUUUAGGAGUCAGACAAGGCUAUAAUAAGCAGUUUUACCGUAUAAAAUGCAUUAUGCCUACAGAGAGUCCUCGUAUACCACCACAACCUGUGUGAGUGUGUGUACAGGGGUAUGUGAGUAUCAAAGAUGCUGUUUGCCAUCUGUUAGCCAUGACAUGUUGGGUGUGUGUGUGUAUUGGUUUUGGUUGUUUAUGAGGACGCUAAUUUGUAUAAUAACAUGGGUAAGAUCUAGGUAUUACAAUGUUGAGGUGGUUUAUGAGGACAUGUUCUGUGUCCUCAUAAUUCAAAACGCUUAAAAAUAAUACUUAACGAUUUUUUUACAUUCAAAAUUUGCCACAGGUCCCCUGUGAGGGUUGGGUUUAGGGGUAAGCUAAGGCUAUAAUAAGCAGUUUUACCGUAUAAAAUGCAUUAUGCCUACAGAGAGUCCUCGUAUACCACCACAACCUGUGUGAGUGUGUGUACAGGGGUAUGUCAGUAUCAAAGAUGCUGCUUGCCAUCUGUUAGCCAUGACAUGUUGGGUGGGUGUGUGUGUACUGGUUUUGGUUGUUUAUGAGGACGCUAAUUUGUAUAAUAACAUGGGUAAGAUCUAGGUAUUAUAAUGUUGAGGUGGUUUAUGAGGACAUAUCAUGUGUCCUUGUAAUUCAGAACACUUAAAAAUAGUACUUUUCUUCAAAAUUUGUCAGGUGAGGGUUGGGAAAUGGGCUCUCUGGUACUUGCAAGGAUGUGUCCUCUGUGGAGGUUCUGAUUAACUAUCACCAGAGCCUCAAGAGUGAGGUGGAGGCCCGCAACAAGAGCGUCCUACAAUGUAUCAAGUUGGGCAAGACUUUACUGGCCGCCCGUAACCCUGCAUCAGAAGAGGUGAUGCAUAAAACAGCCAGCACAGCCUGAUCAGGAACUACACUCAGGGCUAUGACAAGCAGUUUUUAUGGUAUAAAAUGCAUUAUGCCUAUAGGGAGUCCUCAUACACCACCAAAACCUGUGCUUGUGCAGGGUAAGACCUAUGUAUUACAGUGUUGAUGUGGUUUAUGAGGACAUGUUUAUGAGGACACAUUCAAAAUUAGCCACAGGUCCUUUGUGAGGGUUGGGUGUAGGCGAAUGGUAAGGCUAUAAUAAGCAGUUUUACCGUAUAAAAUGCAUUAUGCCUACAGAGAGUCCUCGUAUUCCAUCAAAACCUGUGUGUGUGUGCGCGCAGGGGUAUGUCAGUAUCGAAGAUGCUGUUUACCAUCUGUUAGCCAUUACCUUUUGGGUGUGUGUCUGUGAAUGUGUGUUUUGCAUAUGUUCCUCUGGCCUAUGCACAUUAUCUUAUAUGUUUGCAUUUGUUCUCCAAUGCAAGUGAGCAAUCAAUUGGAGGACUUGACAGGAUUUCAGAGACUUUUUGCUAGCUGCGCAGAUGUGUUGAGGACCAAUCCCAGACGAACCCCCUUUCUGGACAGUGUUAUCAUCGCUGAUGUGAAUAUGUACAAUUUUUGUGCUCAUUGUGCAAUCCAGUCACGGUCUAAUGAAGAUCCUACAGAUUCCACACACUCUCAGCCUUUCUGCGAUGAUGCUUUACAUUUAAUUUCUGAUAACUGGAAUCUGACUUUUCUCAAGCUUCUCUUUCCUGGUGCUAACCGCUCAGCAUUGAGUCUCAGGUAUAUCAAGACUGAAGAAGUGGAGCCACGAGUUAGUGCCUUUCGAACCUCUCAACACUGUGGAUGUCCAAACAGCCUGUAUUUGUGAUUUGAGCCAUACUAGCGUGACAUUGAUGACCCUUUUUUUUUUUUUACAACAUAAGUUAGAUGUUGUUUUCGGGUGUUGAGAUUGGCUUUUUUUGUUUAUUUUUAAGAAAUAGUUUUCACUUACUCCAUUUUAUUUUAGAAUAGGCAUAUUUCCUUUAAAUUAGUGCAUUUUGAAUGGGAAGAGAUUUAUUAUUUGUGAGAGUGCAGUGAGUGUGGUGGGUGUUAUUACAGGUGGACGGGUCCAAGCUUACCAUUGGUGGCCUUUCUGACGAGCACAGUGGAAGACAGGUUCACUUUUACGUGUAAUAAAAGACAUCAGAGCACUUUGUCUGAGGUUUCCUACCUUGGAUUUCACCUUCUUGCAUAAGAGGUUUAUGACAGACACUCAUCGGCAAGUGAUAUAGUUUCUCUAAGUUAUGGAAUCAUGGCUUUUGUUGACUUGAAGCUUGAACACUGCACGGCCAACAAUAAAUAGGGUUGUUUUCUACCCUCUUUUAACACUGUGUACUGAGUAAAUGUGUUACUGAUCCUGUCAGCUUGUGCUCUGAUAUGUGUUUCAGCCACGUGACCCCUUCAGGACACUGUUAGACAUUUAUAAUGGUUUUGAAAUUCAUAAUAAAUUAAUAACUGAAAUUUCGAUUUAAUUAUUUCUAAUAUGCUUUUACAACGACGGCAUUUGUAGUCACUAAUGGUUAACGUUACAAAUGCCAUUGUUUAGAAAAGCGUUAACAUUGAAAUUACCAUGUAAUAUGAAUAAAAUCUUUUGUGAUUAAUGUGGGCUAUGCAAUGAAUACAUUUAAGCAAACUGUACUUUGCAAAUCGGACUUGGAGUAUAAGAACAUGUUCAUAUUUCAGUUAUUUAAUAAAAACUGUUUCUUACCUUUUCUCUCGGA